AUGCCGGUGGAAAUAUCCGAAACAGCAAAUAUCGAGCACCGCAACAAAAUCGUUUCGUCGGCAACGAAUUUGGAACUUUGCGUCGGAAACCCGAUCCAGGUGUGUCGAUACAUUAACGCCUACGUCAAUAAGGGGUUAGACGUAGCGAACAUCCAAUGCGUUGAGAUGCAAGUGAAUACGAUCGAUUGGAACGAGGCGGCGGCAUUCCUUAAAAUUAGAUAUAUCGGACCGCACGAGGCGGUCUAUCGCAUCUUGGGAAAUGGCAUGUUCCAUAUCAGUCACACGAUCGAAAAGUUGCCCGUGCAUUUGGAAGGAGAGGCUUGUGAAAUUUACAGGGAAGGGGACGAGGUGGCCGUAGUCGAAAGGGGCGAGCGUUCUAAGCUCGUCGCUUGGUUCGAAUUGAACGCGGCGGAGGAGGCGACGGGUCGGCGACGGUUCUACGUCGACAUCGUCAAAACGCACUCUUGGCGGCAAGGUCGUUGGGUCGCCAAAUCGCGACCCACCAGUUCUAUAGGUCGUAUGAGUCCGGUUUAUCCGAGUCCGGGGAAUAUGGAGCGCUACUAUCUACGAAUGAUUUUGGGCAACGUGACAGGUUUGAUUUCGUUCGUGGACGCGAAAACCGUAAACGGCGUUUUAAGUCCUUCGUAUCAGGCCGCUUGCGUAGCGUUAAAAUUGAUCCCGGACGACGACGAAGAGGCGGACAAGAUUUUAGAUUGGAUAGCGGAUCGUCUUCGUCAUCCGUUUUAUUUAAGGGAAGCGUUCGCUCUAAUUCUCUUGUACAAUCCGUCGAAGAAUCCCCGAACUUUAUUUAAGAGAUGGUGCAGGCGUAUGUCCGCGGACGUGCAUAGGAUUCAUAUCGAUUUAAUCAGAGAUAUCGACGAAGAGGGCGCGGGCGACUUAAACGAAAGGAUGCACGUGCUCCUUUACGACGAGGAGGCGGAACAACUUUUGGACGAGGAAGAGGUUACGUUCGAGGAAUUCGUUUUCGUUCCGAGACCGAAUCAAAAUUUGCAUCUGAUCGAUCUCAACGAUCAACAGCUGGGAUUCGUUUACGAGUUUUUACAGUCUGUAUGCAAUCGUAACGGUAUCGUUUUCGUUUUGACCGGCGAAGGGGGCACCAGCAAAACCGCGACCGUCAACGUUAUUUUGGAAGAGGCGGAACUUCGCGCGUUACCGUACGUAUCCGCGGCUUUUACGGGGAUCGCGGCCACGUUAAUCCGGAACGCGGCUACGAUUCAUUCUUCUUUCGGCAUUCCUAGAGAAAGAGGCGUAGACGAUACGCCGGUUUCUAAUUUGGUGGGCGAGUCGGAGGCGGACGACGAUAUUCGAAACGCGAGACUCGUCGUGUUAGACGAGGUGUUUAUGUUGGCGUCGUGGAUGUUGGAAAUGAUCGAUGCCGUGUGUCGGGAAUACGGUCAAUCGCGACGGCCGUUCGGUGGGAAAACCGUUAUUCUUAGCGGCGAUCCCAAGCAGUUGCUUCCCGUUGUCAAGGGUAGGCCAGCGGGAAUGGCGUCCGUGUUCGAGUCCAUCGUUUCGCAUCCGGCAUGGAGUACUUUUCAACUGUGCACGUUAACGGAAAACAUGCGUGUUCAUCCGCAAGAGGUGGAAUGGUCGAAUUUCAUCAGGAGAGUAGGCGACGGGGAAAGAAUCGUUUCGGACAACGCACGCGAACCGAUUUCCGAUAACUGUCUGUUCGUUCCUUCCAAAUUAAUUGUCAAAUCGCGCGAACAACUCGUCGACUUUGUUUACGGGGACGUCUUCGAAUCGAUGCUCGCUCUUCCCGGGACGAACGAGCGAUUCUUGGAAUUAGCCGAGCGAUUGGCCCUCCGGUCGAUCCUUUGUCCCGUGAACAGCGAGGUCGAGGAGUUGAACGAAAUCAUCUCAAAGAUCUUCCCCGAUCCGUCAGGAUCGGAGAGGGUCUUUUUGGCGACCAAUUCCUACGAUAGACAGAGUAACGAGGAUGGGGCCGACGAUCACGAAAUCGCCAAUCCCCUCGCGACGGAAGUCACCAGUGAAAUUAUCGAAAGUUUAGAUUUGUCGGGACUACCGCCACAUCGGUUGACUUUGAAGAUCGGUUCGGUGGUAGUCCUUUUGGUAAAUCUUAACGUGCGGAGGGGUUUUUGUAACGGACAGAGAAUGGAGAUGGGCGAUGACGUGAUAGUCGGCCGCAUCGUUUCCGGUCAAUUUCAGGGCCGUAAAUGUGUCAUUAUCAGAAAACAAUUCGUUUUAGAGGUAAAAGAAACGCCAUUGCUACCGGGCGGCGGCACAUUUUAUAGAAAACAAUUUCCGAUUAAGUUGGCGCACGCAAUUACUAUCAACAAAGCGCAAGGACAGACUCUUUCGCGAGUCGGGUUGUGUCUCAACGUCCCGUGUUUUGCUCACGGUCAAUUGUACGUCGCUUGGUCCAGAGUGCGUACUUGGCAGGAUAUUCGCAUUUUUGUAAAGGAAAGUCGUAGACAGGGUCGUUUCUUUAAAGACGGUCGCAAAAAUAAUCCAGUUUUCACGCAGAAUAUCGUUUAUAGGGCGUUUUUAGAUAAAAUCUUCAAUUGA